AUGAAUGACAAAUCUCAACAGAAUAACAAAUCCGAAGUGCAGUCGACUCAGCACCCUGCCUUAUCUGAGUAUAACCAAUAUCAAUCUCAAGCAACUCAACAAAGCGUGAGUCUUCAUAUUCCUGUCAAUGACACGCAAGGUGAUGAUGAUGAUAGUAGCACAAGUGACGAUACAAACACAACACAGACUUCUGGAGCCAAUUCCAUGAGGCUUGUUAGUAAAAGGAAGGAACAGUCGACGCUUUACAAAUUGGAUGUUACACAGGUAAAGGAGAAGAUUAAUACCAUUUAUAAUGACUGCCAUUUUCAGGACGACGAACUAUCUAAAGCUCCAUUAAUACCGAAGAAGAAGCAGAAGAUUGAGUCAAAGUACAAGCUUUUGCCAAGAAUACUAUUAGAACCAGACAAUACUAAAAUAGUAUCUGACAGAUCAAAGAAGAAUCAUACUAAAAGAUGCCGCGCCUUUAAUCGCUUCAAAAGUCAUCCUGAUUUUAUUUUUAAGACUGACAAGAAGAAGGAGCAAAAGGACCAGAAGUUCCUAAAGUUUGUUGAGGACUGCAAGUAGGUACCUACAAACACAUAUUUUGUGUUUUACUGGAAAGAUCAGUGUUUUUACAACAAUGUUUAUUCUGUAAUUUACUUUUUUAUGUUUUUUAUACUGUAACUUAUCAUAAAACGCCAUUUUAGGUUCAAAAAGCCUCCAAUGAUAUGUGUGUGCGAAGAGAAGCGAUGUCAAUGUUGGGGUGAUGUCACGUAUGUGCUGAAGAAGGUUCUCCGUUCUAUCUGGAGGUUAAUAUACAUGUUCUUGUGUCCACCAUGGCCAACAUCAACCUUACUAAAACUGGCUUUUUGGCCACCGCCUCGAGAAUACUUCUUUUUUUACAAUUCUGACAGGAACAAGUCAGGUAGUCAAGCGGCACAAACAGCUGAAGUCAAGAUACGGAGGGGAUCACGGUACAGAAAUUUUGAAAAUUAAAAGCCGUGCUUUUGUCAGAAGCUCUUGUAUAUUGUUUUAGCUAUUACAAGAUUAUAGCAGACUUUAAAACCAACCAGAAAGUUUUAUUUUGGGAAGUUUUAAUUCACUUUCACCUAACUUAACAUUCGUUUCGUCAGAAAAAAUAGUGUUUUACGGCGUUUUUGAGAUAACUUUAUAUAAAACUUAAAGAAUAUUUGUUUUUAACUAAUGUUGUUAUAGAAAAGCUGUAGAAUUCAAUCACAAUGUUUGGAGAUUUGGCUUUGAACACGAAUGUCUACCUGAAGUAUUGAACAUAAAAGGCUUUGUGGUGCCAACGAAAAGUAAUACUGUAAGUUUUUAUGGUUGACAUAUUUUUGGAACAGAAGCUUCUCAGAAGAUAUUUUUUUAGUUAUAAUGUCGUUUAUAAUUGGGAUUUUCAAGUAAAUAAGGUUGCACCGUGCAGGAUUUUAAGUUUUUCAAUUUGUACUGUGCAGUUUAGUCGGAAUUAGUUAAAGACUACAUUUUUGAUUUUAAAUUGGCUUUUAGAACAAUAUAUAAUAAUAUUUUUACAGUUUGUAGGAGGAAUAAUCAUACGAUCUCCACAUCACACUCCGCGAUACACAUUACUCUUUUCUCAUCCAAACGGCUCUGAUAUAUCUGAUCAUUUGACUGGUAAGCCUAAACACGAUAAAGAGCAGUUAUUUGUAAUAUGUAAUAGGAGUUAUCUUACAUCUUACAAAUCACUGCUCUUUGAACCUUUUGUUAUUAUAGGUGUGCCAAAACUUCAUGAAAUUGCCGACUAUUUGAAUUGUGACAUAGUAGCGUACGAUUACAGUGGCUAUGGUAUCAGUUCAGGAUCGCCGAGUGAAAGCAAUGCUUUUUGUGACAUUGAUGCGGUGUAUAAUGUAAGCUUAACUCUCUAGGUAUAUAGGGAGCUCUCUAUAUAUGAUAAUUUUUUUGGCAAAAUUGCUGACAAAAGCAUGGCAUUGAAAAAGUAAAUAGGUUUAUGUAAAUUAUAGUACCAUAACUUCUUUUAGUACAUAAUAAAAGAAGAAAAGGUACCAGAAGAAAACAUUAUCUUAUGGGGCACUAGUAUUGGUACAGCUGUCACAAUUAACCAAGCUCAGAAGCUGAGUAACAUAGCUGGUGUCAUGUUAUUCUCUCCACCCACAUCUAUGAUACGAACAUUGUAUUGGAAGCGAUGUUGUUGUUGCCAAACAAACCAACCUUGUAAAUCACCAGAUUGGAGAUGUAGGAUUGAUAAGUUUGACUCGUUGGGGAAGGUAGGGGUUUUAGUAGUAUAUUUUUGACUUUUAAUCGACAGUUUUCACCCUUUCAUCUUCCUGUUCCAUUAAAAACGUAAAAGUGGUUCCUCAAGCAUAAAUAUUUCAGGUCGUCAAUAUUAAAGUACCAUUAUUAAUAUGUCAUGGGACUGAAGAUGAGUUAGUACCGAUAGAACAUGGCCAAGCCCUAUUCGAAGCCAGCAAGUCGAAAAACAUGCCCUUAUGGGUAAUUGGAGCAUCACACAACAAUCUAGAGAACAAUCAAAUAGUCUGGCUUCGAGUGCGGGACUUUUUGUAUAAGUAAGUUGACAUAGUUUCCCUAGUUUUUAUAGUUAUGUGCUAGAUUAGUGAUGAGUUACUUAGAAGAAGCCUGACGUUUUAACUUCCAGUAUAAGGUACUGAUUUUUUUAGGGAGACCCACCCUCCUCUGCCAAAGACUGGAAUACUAUUCAACUCAUCAGAAUUUCAAAAGGUCAAGAAGAAAAAGAAGAGGAAGAAAGAGAAACGAAGCAAGAACAAACGGUCAUCAUCCCCGAAGCAACGGAGUAAAAAAAGUCGUAAAUAA